AUGUCUUAUGGCAGAAUAACAAAUGAUCCCAUUUCUGAAAAUUCUGGGCAAAGAGAAAAUCAAAAUGGUCAUGAACAGACUCAGUUUAGCACAUUGGGAAUGCCCAUGCCAAUGAUUCAAAGUGGUUUAAUGAAUUUAUUUCCUUCAAAUUCAACAACUGAUAUUGAUUUACAAUCAAUUAGGCAACAAAUUGAUGAGAGUAAGUACAAUAUGGUGAACAUGUUGACACAACAAAUGUCAACUAUGUUGAAUCCUCUCAUUCAAGUGGCUCAACAACUGGGGCGAGUUGCUGAUGUUUUUGAGGCGCUGUCAUUGGACACAACAUUUCAGAGAGUCACUGAUUAUGACAGAAAUAAGCCUCUUAAUUUGACUCAACGACAAAGUUUUGAUCAGAAUUUAGACAACAAUGUCUUAGUUAAUCGAAAUCAAAAUGAUUCUGGGGGGCCACAAAAUGUGGCUAAUGCCGUCGAACAAGUUCUAAAUCAUCAUGGUUUCAAUGUUGGAUAUGGCAAUCGUCCAAAUUUCACGUCUCCGUUUUUUGAAGUAGUUCUUCAAGCAGAACUUCCAAGGGGAUGCAAUGUUCCAAAAGUUACUAAAUUUUCAGGAGACACAGGUGAAUCAACUGUUGAACAUAUUGUAAGGUACCGGCUUGAAAUUGGUGAUCUUGCUAACAAUGAAAAGUUGAAAAUGAAAUAUUUUCCAAGUUCCUUGACGAAGAAUGCUUUCACUUGGUUUACUACUCUAGCUACUUCCUAA